UCGUUCCUCGCUCAGAUUAGGGUAAAAUCCCCAAACCCUAACCUCUACACAUUUCUGCGUCUCUCUCUCUCUCGUCCCGUCCCAAUCAUUGACGGCGCGUGGGAUCCAUUUGUGGCGCGUGGGGGUCACGCCCGAGCUGAUUCAUGGUGCCUGGUGCUCCGCCUGCAUUGAGAAUCCUUAGCCGGAGCUCAACUGGAACCCUAGACGGAGCUUUGAAUUCUGUACAGUUAUGGCGUCCGCCGUCUUAGCGAAUCGGAACGAACCCAAUUGGCCACAGCAGCCCAGAGGCGGCGGCGGAGGCGGAGGAUUCAUGGGAAAAGUCCCUUUCUCAAACCCAAACCGUAACAAUCCUAACCCUAAGACCAAAUUCCAAGCUCAUCAUCAUCAGCAUCAUGCCGCCGAUUUCAAUGACGAGUCACCCGCCGUGACCCAGACGGCGUCCGACGACGCUUCGUCGAUCAACCACCAUCGGCGAUCAAACACAACGAACACCGCCGCUGCUGAUUUCAACCUCAUUCAGUCCCAAUACGUCAGCUUCAACAUCGCAACCUAUUCCAGAAAAGAGCUUGUGGAGCUCAAGAAUCGCCUUCUCUCUGAGCUCGACCAGAUUCGUGUGCUCAAGAAUCGAAUCGAAGCCGGCGACUUCAAUCCCAGGCCGGCCCAGCCCAAAAAGCCCAACACCACCAAGAAGAUUGCCGGCUCGAAGCGGCCCUUGCCGAUCGCCCCCGGCAAGGAUUCGAAUUCCAAUUUGAAGCGAUCGCAUUCGGAGAAUGUCAAUUUGAUGAAGAAUUGUGGGCAGAUUUUGUCCAAGCUGAUGAAGCACAAGCACGCCUGGAUCUUCAAAAAGCCGGUUGAUGUGGUGACACUGAAGCUUCAUGAUUACUAUGAUAUAAUCAAGCACCCCAUGGAUCUGGGCACUGUCAAAAUGAAUCUAUCCAAGAAUUUGUAUUCGACGCCAUUGGAAUUCGCUGCUGAUGUGCGAUUGACCUUUGAAAAUGCCAUGCGGUAUAAUCCCCGAGGCCAUGAUGUCUACAACUACGCCAAUCAGCUUCGCUCUUUGUUUGAGGAGCUCUUCCAGCCCCUGAUUGACAAAUUGGGGGAUGGGUUUGGUGGGGAUCGAGGAGCUUCCGAUGAGGAGGAAUUGCAGGCCAGUUCUUGGAACCAUGUUGAGCCUGAGAGGCAUCCUCCUCCUCCGCCCAGGAGGGAAGACCCAAUGCCCAUGAAGAUCGAUAAGAAGACUGAGGUGGUUCGGCCCCCUCCGGCUCCAACCCCAGUUCCAGUCCCAGCCCCAGUGAGCUCAUCAAAUCCACCAUUAGCUAAUUCUCCAGUGAGGACAAGUUCGCAAGUGAAGGGGCCGCCGCAAGUGAAGCCCUUGAAGCAGCCGAAGCCAAAAGCAAAGGACCCAAACAAGAGGGAUAUGAGCAUGGAGGAGAAGCAUAAGCUGGGACUUGGGUUGCAGAGCUUGCCUCAGGAGAAAAUGGAGCAAGUUGUGCAGAUUAUUAGGAAGAGGAAUGGGCAUUUAAAGCAGGAUGGGGAUGAGAUUGAGCUUGACAUUGAGGCUGUAGAUACAGAAACCCUUUGGGAGCUUGAUCGGCUUGUUACAAAUUAUAAAAAGAUGGUUAGCAAGAUUAAGCGUCAAGCACUGAUGGGCAACAACAGCAAUAGCAACAUUGCUUCGAACAGAGGAGGUCAAGAGGAAUUGCCUGCGAGUGAGAAAAUUGAUGUCUCAGCGGCAGAGCCGAAGAGGCCAAAGAAAGGGGAAGUGGGAGAUGAAGAUGUGGAUAUUGGUGAUGACAUGCCAAUGAGCAGCUUUCCUCCGGUUGAGAUUGAGAAAGAUGUUGGGGGCAAUGCCAGUAGUGAUAAUAGUUCAAGCAGCUCCGGCAGUUCAAGCAGUGGCUCCUCCUCAUCAAGCGAUUCAGAUUCUGGCAGUUCUUCAGGGAGUGACUCGGAUGAUGAUAACGCGCAGUCCUAGACUCCUUUGUGCAUUGCAAUUGCAGCCUUGAAGAAGUGCUUUUACGGAAAGACCCAUGUGGGAAGCUGGCUGAAGAGAAGAGAAGAACUCCUUGGAUGCAUGCUUUCUAUGUGGGGAAAGGCAUUAAAUGGUUUUCUGGAUUGUGAUGAUGAGGUAUGUAUGAAUGCAUUUGGCUUCUGUCAAUUUCUGUUCUGCUACCGAUUAGAUUGAAUAGAAGAUUAUGGUGGAUGUGGGCUGAGGUUUUCUGUCGACUGUGUUGCAGGUUGGAGAAGGGUCUCCGAUCAGAACCGAGCAGAAAUUUUAGUUUGUGAAGUUGUGUGGGCAUUGGUUGUUUUGCUUGGAGGUGUAAAGAACUAUGAAAUGAACAAAAAAAAUUGUUGUAGGUUCGUAGGGGGUAAAAUGUAGUGAAACAGUGUAGUGGAAAGCAGAGAGAGUAGUGAGAGGAGAGAAGAUUAGAGAGAUUGGAAACACUUUGUACACAUUACCAAGAGAUCAGCAGCAGCUAAGCUAGUACAUAAAUUUCCCCAAAUUCCCUA